AUGAAGUCAUCACUAGCCUUCCUGUUUGCUGUCGGGGCCCACGCGGCUUUGCCUACCCGCCAGGAAAGCUCCUGCACCUUCGGCCUGCGAGUAAGCGGCCCGAACCAUGAGCAUUUGAUGACGGGCUUUCGAGGAAGGGCCCAGCUCAUUGGUGGCGGUGUCACGUUUCAUCGCUAUUGGAUAGGAGUGAAAGGCUUUACCGACUAUCAAGGGCAUCAAUGCAGCAUACAGCCCGAAGAUCAACAGCUGGCAUGCCAAUUGACUGUACCCGACCCUCCGACAAUCUUUCGGAUUGCACCAAAAGGAGACGGAACGAAGCUCCUCACCCACGACCAAGACAACAAAACAAAAUACCUUGCUUGCACCGACACAUGGGGUGGCAAAGAGUUCUCUACAAUCUUCUCGAUAUCGAAGGAGAAUAAUACAGAAUGCUAUGAGACGGAGAUCAUGAUCGCCGACGAAGAAUGCUCUACUUCCAGCACGCAGCCGACUCUUCUAGAUGCUCCAUCACCAGCCUUCGAUGAUGUGGACUUGAAUUCAACCUUAUGGGAUCCAGUUUCAAAGUCGGAUCAGGAAAUUCUUCCACCCCAAGAUGAUCAAGCAUUGAAUUUGAGGGAGCCUCCUGCUAGCUUUUCCACUCGAUAUUUGCCUUCCCCUACUGACCCACCCACGCAGAAGCCACGAGAACUUCGUCAAGCUGUCACUGCUUCUCAAAGUUGUUCUGUCUCGCCCUCCUCACCAUCUAUUGCGCCCACGAAGGUCGGGUAUCCCGAGCAAGGGGCACCAGACGGCCUUCAUGCCACGUCACCAAACGUUUCGAUUACACCUACAGACAGCACUAUUUUCGAAUAUUCAGUUCCCAAAACCUUUGCUACAAAGGGCCAGCAACUCUGUGGCCUGCAAUUCCGCUUGCCCUUCUGCAGCACACUUGAGCCUGGCUAUCCCUGUUUCUCCUUCAGCGGGAGCGAACAGGAAAUGGGUAGCAACUCCGGCAUGAACCUUGCCCUGCUCGAAGACGACGGAUUCAUGUCUUGGAACGACACGGAGUUGCAUCAGGUCUACCCUGGUGAAAUGGUGACUUUUGGCACCUUUGAGUGCGGCACUGAUGUAACUUCAGGUGCUGGAGACCGCAAGAUCAGCUGGCUGGUGGGUAGUGUCCGGAAUUUCGGAUUGAAGUUCAUGCAAGCGGGCAUUUGUCCGGAUGCACAGUUCAAAGAUGGUGUUGGGGCUUGGAUUGUCCAGUGUUCGUGA